AUGAAAUCAAAUACUCCAAUCCCUAAAUCAAGCCUAAAAAAGAAAUUAUAUAAUGUUGCUCAAUUUCAUAAAAGGUGCAAAGAUAAUGAUAUCUGCGUCAUUAACUCAACAGCCAUACUUGAUCCAAGACUUGAAAGAGAAGAAAGAAAAAUUAGUAACGAAAAUAUUAAAUUUUUCUCAGGAGCACAAGGAAUUCCUUAUAAAUUUAUAGCAGAAAAUGAAAUAUGGAUGAUAAAAGGAAAUAAUUCUGGAGCACUUUUCGUAAAAAAUUUCAAAGAUCUCGAUUUAUUUAUUCAAAAGUCGUUGAAGAAUGAAAUAGAGUUUAAACCAUUCUCGUACUAUAAGCCAGCAGAUAAACUCGGAGAAGAUCUUUAA